GCAGGAAUGGCUUGGACGGCGCUAAGAUGCUCUGCCAGAAAAGCGAUGCAUCCUGUUAACCCACGGACUGCCAGGAAACGAGGAUUUGCACCCACGAAAUCUGAUCCCAGAGCUUUGUCGACAGUUUUACCAUUUAGGUUGGGUUACAGGGACUGGUGGUGGAAUCAGCAUAAAGCAUGGCAAUGAAAUCUAUAUUGCUCCAUCUGGUGUUCAAAAAGAAAGAAUUCAGGAGAGGUUUGAAAACUGAAGACCAACCUAAGAUCAAGCCUGAAGAUAUGUUCGUGUGUGACAUGGGAGAACGGGACAUUAGUGGACCUCCACUACACAAGAAGCUAAAGAAGAGCCAAUGUACACCUCUCUUUAUGAAUGCUUAUACCAUGAGAGGAGCAGGGGCCGUGAUCCAUACUCACUCCAAAGCUGCUGUCAUGGCCACACUUCUCUAUCCAGGAAGUGAGUUUAAAAUUACUCAUCAGGAGAUGAUAAAAGGAAUCAAGAAAUGUACCACAGGAGGCUAUUUCAGAUACAAUGACACCUUAGUGGUUCCCAUUGUUGAGAACACACCUGAAGAGAAAGAUCUGAAGGAAAGAAUGGCACAGGCGAUGAAUGAGUAUCCAGACUCCUGUGCUGUACUGGUCAGACGUCAUGGAGUUUAUGUUUGGGGAGAAACUUGGGAAAAAGCCAAAACAAUGUGUGAAUGUUAUGACUACCUCUUUGAUAUUGCGGUGCAAAUGAAGCAACAUGGACUGGAUCCUGCUACUGUGCCCACUUGAGAAAAUGGAAUUGUUUAAUAUCUCAACAGUUCUUCCCAAGAUGAUUGUAGUGUUUCAGGGCCCUGUUGCUUCAGUGCAAAAGAGCUUUUGGCUUCAUGGCUAAGCAAGCGAGCAAUUUUCAAAACAGGUGCUUGCUUCUUCCAGUGUGACAUUGCUCCCAAUUGCAGACCAUUUUAUGCUGUUAAUUCAAAUCCUGAAGUCUGGAGCACGAUCUGUUGCUGCCUGUCUGCAAGCAAGAUCCACCACUGUUCCCUUGAACGGCACACCUUAUUUGUGGAAUGGAGAUGCUUCCACGGGCUGAUUAUUCAAAGUCCACUGGCCUUCCCUGUUCCAUAAGUAUUGAAUCGUCACUUCCCUUGCUUUCACAGUGCAGACAUUGUUCUUUAGUGUCUUCCGCCUGGUUGAUAUUAAUUUCGUGACAGCAAAGCCUUGUUGAAAUCUUAUAAUUUCUCAAAUUACUGUUAGAAUUUUUGAAAUGAAGCUAUUUUUUUCCAUUAGGUUUAUGAAAUGGAAAAAAUAAUUUUCAAGCAGCUUUAAAAUAGGAAGUUGAAAGAGUGUCAUGUGUAAAAGUAUGUCAAAAUAAGACACUAUUUUUCCUUUAUGAAAAACUUAACAAUAAUGAACUUUCUUACUGUCCUCUUUGUUUUAAUAAGCUACAAGAUUUCUAAUAUUGUUUUAAUCAUUCAUUUCAUAUGUAUCUGCACAAGCUAAUCAGAAGAUACAUUGUUCCAUAAUUAUAAUCAUUUGAGGAUAUGAAUCAACCUAAAAAUAGAUGGAAAUGGUUGGUGUCAAUUAAAAGUCACUUUUACUUUGUAAAACCUUUUAAGGUUAAAAAUUCCUCCAUUUGCUUGUUUUUUUUAAGAAUGCUUUUGAAGUUAAAUGUGUUGUCUUUACAAUUUGGUGUUAAUACUGAUAAUGUACAUUUUAGUCAUGCGUGCUGUUUGUAAACAAGGUGAGUGGUUUGUGAAAGGUUCAAACCUAUGGUUUAUUCAGUAGCAAAUAGUCAUGUUUAGAAAACAGGGAUAGUUCCUACAUAGGUUCAAUAUAAUUACUACACUCUAUGCUGCCCUUUGAUAGGGAACCUGAAGCUCUCCAGUGUUGCUGGACUACAAUUCUUAUCAUCCCUUACCACUGACCAUGUUGACUAAUGUUAAUGGAAAUUAAAGGACCUUGCCUAUGUUUUGAAAGGAGGCAAAAUGGGCAUGAAAUUGAGGUGGUUUCCCUGCUCUGCUCUAAGGUUUGAAUCAAAUGCUGACUUUUUAGGUGGUCCGCCACACCUUUGUUAUGUAAGGAAACAGAUAAAUCAAACAGCCCCCCAUGAAACAGGCAACUUCUAACUUUUCCUUUCUUGACAAGGAAAGGAAUAUUUUACACACCCAUACUCAGUUUUACUCUAGUAACUAAAAGCCAACCCAGUCAGAAAGAUCUUGGCCAUGCAUCUGGAAGAUGCUCAUGAUUUGAUGAAACUUCAAGGGGCAGAAUUCUAUAAUUAUGCUCCAGCCUACACGAAACUCGUCUAUAUAGCCUUAUUUUAAAAAGCUUUUGUUUAUGAAUGGUACCUUCUAGAAAAUCUUACUUGGCUGUUCCAUCCUACUUAGGCAAGAGUUUCAGCCACCAGUAAAUGAUAACACUGAUUGUUGGCUAUGCUGCCUUUUGUGGCUUCACUUGGCACGAAAGGCUCACAGAUGCUUCAUAGAGAUGCUUCUGGCUCAGUCCCCUGCAUUUCCGUAGUCUAGCAUUCAGAAUUUAGGAACAGACCACGAGUGAGCAAAGAACAGUGCCCAUUCUACAGGCUGGAAUCCAGUGUCAGUGCUGCAAUGGAUGUUGCAGAAGACACAACUGCUAACAUAGGAGGGAGGAAGGGAAAAUCCCCCAGUGCCAUCCUCCAGCUGUUCUGAAGGGUGUCUUCAGAACCUUCCUUUUGUGGAAGGCGUCUUGUCUCAGUGAAGGCAUCUGCUGAUUCAAAGCAAACAGAACAGCAGUAUUGAUUCCACCCGCAAGUAGAGCUGUCACUUUGAUCUCUGCCAUUCUAUAGUGUAGAGCAUGGGUCCUCAAACUAUGGCCCGGGGCCAGAUCGAGCCCGUCAUGCCCGUUUGGACCCGCCGUCCAUGCACGUGCCCGCUGCCACCCACCUUGCCCCGUGUGGGGGAGGUGGCGGUUUGCUCGCUUGGAGAAAAUGAUCUCCAAGCAAGCAAGCCGCUGCCUUGUGCACCUGCCUCGCGGCGCGUGCCCAUCCCUGCCUCACCUCGCCACGUGCAUCCACACCUCUCCUCGCCACAUGCCCCACCCCACCCCGACUUCAGUGCGCACACCCCCAUGCCCCUUCCCCACCCCCUUGCCGGCCCUCACGCACCACCUGUCUGGGCCGCGCCUAGCACUGGCACCUUUCAGCCGGUCCCCUGGUGAAAAGUUUGAGGACCCCUGGUGUAGAAGCAAAAUGUUGCAACUUAAAUCAGGUAUACUAAGGGCCAAAUUUUUCCUAGUAAACAGUGGUCCAAGUACUUCUUCCAGGAUGCUAUAUAAGUGGAGGGGCAUGGUGGCUCAGGAGGUAAGACUCUGAGCUUGUUGACCCGAAGGUGGGCAGGUUGCCAAUUCAAAUCCCUAGUACUGUGUAACAGAGUGAGCUCCGGUUCCUCGCCUCAGCUCCUGCCAACCUAGCAGUU